ACUUGUAUAGCAAAUAGAUCAAUGGGUUUCGCAUCAAUAAAGUUAAAAGUUAAUUGAAAGAAACAAAGUUACUACGAACGAUAUAAAAAUAAAAUAAAUUUAUUUUACUAUUAUUGUAGAUUAGUGCCGAACAAUUAAUUUAUAUUUUUAAUUUAUUGAAGAGUUUUUGAAAGUGACGUGCGCCAUCGCGUCAUCGUUAAAUAUUCCGUUGCUGUUUUUUUUUUAUUCGUUUCAUUAAUAGAAACCGAUAUAUUGAAAUGUAUCGAUUUAUGGUGGGGCGCACAUUAUUCAAACGAUUGCAGUGUCAGGCAAUUGGCGUAAAUAAACGCUACUAUCAGUGCAGCGGAGCUGGAGUUUAUGGUUUUCGUCCGAAAAAAGAUGAGCCAUUCGAGCUUGACGAUAAUGUACUUAAGACUCGACAGCAGCAAAGUAAUUUUUAUCGAUGGAUUGAGGCAUUUCGCUCACAUUCACACCACAUCGCGCACACAAAUCCUAUUGAGCUAAAAACGAACUCAAGCAAUAUUCUACCUGAACUACAGUUGCAACGCUAUGGACUCGACGAAGAUCAGACACUUAAUUUUCGUGGCAUUUUAAAUAAUGACACUGCCAACGGCACAGUACGACAAGCUCGAGAUUUCCUCAAACGUACGUAUUGCGGCAAUGUGAGCAUCGAAUAUUCGUACAUUGAAUCGGAACAUGAACGCGAAUGGUUGGUGGAAAAUUAUGAAAAGCUCAUUUCAAAUGCCAAUGUAUCGAGCGAUGCGAAAAAAGAAAUACUCGAAUUGAUGUUGAAAUCACAAGCAUGGGACAAUUUUCUAGCAAUAAAGUUUCCAACGUAUAAACGAUACGGAGGCGAAGGAGCCGAAUCGAUCAUGUCAUUUUUUCGCCAAUUAAUGUUAUUGGCAACGGAAAAUGAGGUUAAUAACAUUGUCUUGGCAAUGCCGCAUCGCGGAAAAUUGAAUUUAUUGACGACCAUUUUCAAUACACCAGCGGCAAAAAUUUUUCAUAAAUUGAAAGGAUUUUCCGAAUUUCCGCCCGAUGUUAAAGUGAUGGGUGAUAUUGCUUCUCAUUUCCAUGUGAGCGAAGAUUUUGAAAUAAAUGGAAAAAAAGUACAUUUGUCGAUGUUACAUAAUCCAUCCCAUUUGGAGGCCGUUAAUCCAGUAUCAAUGGGUAAAACGCGCUCAAAACAGCAAACACUGCAUGAUGGUGCGUUCAGCGAUGAUGCUGAAAAGCAAUUUGGAUCCAAUGUAAUUAAUGUUCAGUUGCAUGGUGAUGCUGCAUUUAGUGGACAAGGAAUAAACCAAGAAAUGCUUAUGAUGUCACGCGUACCACAUUUUGAGGUUGGCGGAACGAUUCACAUGAUAAUCAACAAUCAAGUGGGAUUCACCACACCCGGCGACAGGGGCCGAUCAACAAAAUAUUGUACCGAUUUAGCAAAAUGCAUAAUGGCCCCGGUAUUUCAUGUAAAUGGUGACGAUCCCGAAGCAAUGGCUAUUGUAACAUGUUUAGCAUUUGCAUAUCAGCAAAAAUUCCGCAAGGAUGUUUUUAUUGAUUUUGUGUGCUUUCGCCGAUGGGGCCAUAACGAAAUGGAUGAUCCAACAUUUACAAAUCCAGCCAUUUAUAAAUUAAUUCAUACGCGAAAAUCUGUUCCUGAUUCAUACGCGGACCGAUUGAUUCAAGAGAAUGUGGUUACCGAUGGUGAUGUGAAAAGAUGCAUCGACAAUUAUCGUGGUUAUCUAAACGAUGAAUUAGAUAAAGCGAUAUCCUACAAACCUAAAUCAUAUUAUUAUCAAAAACAAUGGGAGGAUAUGAAACCGGCUUCGUCAUCAAUCACAACAUGGGAUACGGGAAUGGAUUACAGUAUUUUACAUUAUGUUGGCAUACAGAGUGUUUCAUAUCCAAAACAGUUUACUAUUCAUCCGCACCUUUUGAAGACUCACGUAAAUAAUCGGUUGAAACGACUAGAAAAUGGUCAACGAAUUGAUUGGGCAACAGCCGAAGCAAUGGCAAUUGGAAGUCUUAUGUAUCAAGGGCAUAAUGUUCGGAUUAGUGGUGAGGAUGUGGGACGCGGUACAUUCUCACAACGGCACGCAAUGCUAGUUGAUCAGCAAACAAAUGAAAUAUACAUUCCAUUAAAUGACAUGUCUCACGGCAAUGGUGGCAAAAUUGAAAUUGCUAAUAGUAUUUUAUCGGAAGAGGCUGUUCUCGGAUUUGAGUAUGGCAUGGCACUUGAUAAUCCAAACAAUUUGAUUAUUUGGGAAGCGCAAUUUGGUGAUUUCUACAAUGGAGCACAGAUAAUCAUCGAUACGUUCAUCGUUUCUGGCGAAACAAAAUGGAUGUAUGCCAAUGGUUUAGUUAUGUUGCUACCACACGGAUUCGACGGUAUGGCAUCAGAGCAUAGCUCUUGUCGUAUUGAACGCUUUUUACAGCUCACCGAUUCAAAGGAAUGUUCGCCCGAGGGGGACGAUGUCAACUUGCAAAUUGUUAAUCCAACAACGCCAGCACAAUAUUUCCAUGUGUUGAGACGGCAGAUGGUACGCAAUUUCAGAAAACCGUUAAUUGUUGUCGGACCAAAAACCCUACUCCGUUUGGCUGAUGCAACAUCAGAUUAUACAGAUUUUGUGCAUGGCACCACAUUUAAACCAGUUAUCGAAGAUGUGAUUGCCAUGGAAACGGAAAAGGUAAAACGAGUAAUAUUGUGCAGCGGAAAACAUUAUUAUAAUUUGAAUGCAUUCCGAAAUGAGAAUAAAAUUCGCGAUGUUGCUAUUGUGCGCGUUGAAUCAUUGUGUCCAUUCCCCGUAAAGGAAAUUAAUGAUGAAUUGAACAAGUAUAAAAACGCAAAAGAAUUUGUUUGGUCUCAAGAAGAACACCGUAAUAUGGGCGCAUGGUCCUUUAUUCGGCCACGUUUCGAAAAUAUGUGCGGCCGAAAAAUCGGUUACGUUGGACGUUCGGAAGGCGCUACAAUUGCUGUUGGUGUAUCAUCCAUUCACAAAAUUGAAGCCGAACAAGUUAUUGUUGAUGCAUUUAAAGGACUUUAAUAUUACUUAUAUAAAUGUUCAAAUUGUAAAUAAUAAAACGCUUGUUUUUUUGUUUUUGUUAAGUUGGAAA